GGAAAAUUAAAACAGGGCAAGACUGAGAACUGACGGAUAUGCAGGUCCAGAAAUGAAUUGGAAGCCAGAAUUAGUACCAUCAGAGGCUAGAAAAGAGAAACCAGAUAGGAGCCAGCACUAACAGCAUGCAGGAGCUCUGCUGUUGCCCUCUGCUGAAGCAGGCCAGCUCAAGGCUGCCAGAUUUAGCUUUGGAAUCAAACCCUUCUGACCAUCCAAGGGCAAGCACAAUUUUCCUGAGCAAAUCUCAGACAGAUGUGCGUGAAAAGAGGAAGAGCAACCAUUUAAACCAUGUAUCUCCAGGGCAGCUUACUAAAAAGUAUAGCUCAUGCUCAACAAUAUUUCUAGAUGACAGCACAGUCAGCCAGCCUAAUCUUAGAACCACAAUAAAAUGUGUGACCUUAGCAAUAUAUUACCACAUAAAGAACAGAGAUGCAAAUAGAUCCCUGGAUAUAUUUGAUGAGAGAUCACAUCCACUCACACGAGAAAAGGUUCCAGAGGAGUACUUUAAGCAUGACCCUGAACACAAAUUUAUUUACAGAUUUGUUCGUACUCUUUUUAGUGCUGCACAGCUAACAGCUGAAUGUGCAAUAGUAACGUUGGUCUACUUAGAAAGGCUUUUAACUUAUGCUGAGAUCGACAUUUGUCCCACCAACUGGAAAAGAAUCGUUUUGGGAGCCAUUCUUCUUGCCUCCAAGGUUUGGGACGAUCAGGCUGUAUGGAAUGUGGACUACUGCCAAAUCCUCAAGGACAUUACAGUUGAGGACAUGAAUGAGAUGGAAAGGCAUUUCUUAGAGCUACUCCAGUUUAAUAUUAAUGUUCCUGCCAGUGUUUAUGCCAAAUACUACUUUGACCUUCGCUCCUUAGCCGAUGACAACAACCUGAAUUUUCUGUUUGCUCCUCUCAGCAAAGAAAGAGCACAAAACCUAGAGGCCAUUUCAAGAUUGUGUGAAGACAAAUACAAAGACUUAUGUAGAGCUGCUAUGAGAAGGUCUUUCAGCGCUGAUAAUUUCAUUGGUAUUCAGCGCUCUAAUGCUAUCCUCUCUUAAAAGGGAGAAUUGAGGGGUAAUAACAUCAUAAGCCUCUCAUCUACAAAGACUGGAUGAAAUAUCACCACUCCUGCUCAAAAACCAGCAAAGUUUUAGUAUUUUCAUCAGAAGGAAAGACCUCGAAUUCAAGAGACUCAUGGACAAUGACAGUUGCACUCCAUAGGAAAGAAUGGGACCUUGUCAAAGCAACAAACACACUUUUUGUCCUUUUUAAUGUAAACAGAGUUAACAAAAACCACUCCAAAGCAAAAGCUCUCAACCCACAUGCAGAUAUUUGCUUACUGUGUAGGCCAAUAGCUGUGAACUAUGUGAGGUUUUUUAAUUAAUCAUUUAAAUGUUUAGACUUUUAAAAACACUAACCAUAUAACUUUUUGUUUUUUCUGUUUUUCUUCCCCUUCUCCAUUGCUGCAUAUGCCUUCAGAAUUGAUGCAGUAUUACCAUUAAAACAUGGUACUCUUUUUUUUUUUUUUUGUGGUGCUGGGAC